AUGGAUAAAAACGUAUUUAUGCCAGGAACGGUCCGCAGUAUAUCGUUGGCAAUGCAACGUGCAGUACAGAGUCCGGUGUGUCUUAUGCAGAGCCAGGCGCAGAUCGUGGAUGAUGCUGCGCCGGUGCGCUUCGUCGGUCACUGGGACGAUUUUGGGACUGCUACCCUAACCAAUAACGGUCAGUCUGCCGUGUUGCAGCUGAACAAUCGUCCUUACCAACCUUUGGUGGUCGGUGGUCCGCUAGGCAGUAUCUAUGUAUUUGAGCAACUUCACUUCCAUUGGGGACCGGACGACAGUGUCGGAUGCGAACAUCUGAUCGAUGGACGGGCUCGCUCGAUGGAGGCACAUCUCGUUCAUUACAACGCACGUUACGGUAGCUACGCCGAAGCAUUAGCCCAAGCGGACGGAUUGAUGGUGGCCGCCUUUCAAUUUGACGCACAACCAAACCAGCCAGACUGGAUGCCGCUGCAGACAAUCGUAAGCGCUCUACGAUACAUCCAACCGCCAGGAACGGGCACAUCCGUCCCGUCCGAUUGUUUGCACUGGUUGACCGGUUUAGUGCUCGAUCGGAGUUAUUACACCUAUCACGGAUCGAUGACGACCGCACCGUACCGGGAAAGCGUAACCUGGCUUGUGUAUCACGCGCCCAUCUUCAUCUCAUCAGGCCAGGCGAACGCUUUUCGCCGCCUGCUGCGCAAACGUUCCGGUUCGGCUGGAUCUCUCACGCUAAACACGAGUAAUUUUCGUCCGGUACAGUCACCGUCCAAUUCUUUUCGGCUGGUGUUUGUGCGCGACACUGUGCCACCGUUGCGAUCGAAACUGUAA